AUGAUUGAACGUUGUACACCAUAUUGGAUAUUAAUUAUGGUCAUUCUAAAGAAUCUUAUUGGGCCGGAUGGAGAUAAAGUUAUAGAUGGAGAAGACAAUCUAGAUGGAGAUAAAGUUAUAGAUGGAGAAGACAGUCUAGAUGGAGAUAAAGUUAUAGAUGGAGAAUACAGUCUAGAUGGAGAUAAAGUUAUAGAUGGAGAAUACAGUCUAGAUGGAGAUAAAGUUAUAGAUGGAGAAUACAGUCUAGAUGUAGAUAAAGUUAUAGAUGGAGAAGACAGUCUAGAUGGAGAUAAAGUUAUAGAUGGAGAAGACAGUCUGGAUGGAGAUAAAGUUAUAGAUGGAGAAGACAGUCUAGAUGGAGAUAAAGUUAUAGAUGGAGAAGACAGUCUGGAUGGAGAUAAAGUUAUAGAUGGAGAAGACAGUCUGGAUGGAGAUAAAGUUAUAGAUGGAGAAGACAGUCUAGAUGGAGAUAAAGUUAUAGAUGGAGAAGACAGUCUAGAUGGAGAUAAAGUUAUAGAUGGAGAAGACAGUCUAGAUGGAGAUAAAGUUAUAGAUGGAGAAGACAGUCUAGAUGGAGAUAAAGUUAUAGAUGGAGAAGACAGUCUGGAUGGAGAUAAAGUUAUAGAUGGAGAUAAAGUUAUAGAUGGAGAAGACAGUCUAGAUGGAGAUAAAGUUAUAGAUGGAGAAGACAGUCUGGAUUGA